AUGUCCUCCCUGGUCAAGGAGGAUCUGGAGAAGAAACUGUUCCAGCCGCUCGCACAGAAUCUGCGCGAGUUCAUCGAAAUCGAGUUCCCAGUCCAGGACAGGUAUUACCUCUGCGUUUCAGUGACCAAAAAUGAAGAAGUAAAAAUAAUUAUUGUGAAACACUACAGAGUGGGUUUAGAUGAAAAAUACGAAGUAACAAAAAAGUGGUCUUUGGACGAUCUAGAAAUGAUUGAUGGAAAAGAAGCAGAUACUGAUAAUCCAUUUUUUGAUCUGCACUUCAAGAAAGUGUACAGUUUGGAAGCAUAUAGCUGUGCUUCUAAAUAUGCCUUUGCUCGAACUGUGAAUAAGCUGAACCAUGCUUACCUGCAGAAAGACUUACAGAUCGUGAACUUUGAUUCUACCUACAUUAAUGACGAUUUCAUUUGGUCCUCAAACAACAAGGACUGCUUGGUCCUGAUGAGAAUCUGCUUUUAUGCUUUCAAUCUUGUGUGCUUGUCCCUGUGUCCCCUGCCACUUUGA